GGGCUGUCCUGUUGUUGACAACGGAGGAAAAUGGUGGAGAGCACAGUCAGACGGCUGCUGUAGAGAGAGAGAGAGAGAGACCAACAGUUUAAUCUCUGUCUCCAGACUCACUUUGUGUGGACCCUAAAGUGGCAGAAGAAAAGCACCAGUGAUGGCUGAUGCAGCACAGAUUAAGAAAACUGCAGCUAAGGUGCUGUGCUGUGUGGAGAAGGUGUCUUCUUUCGCCUCCUCCAUAGACCCCAUCUUCGGCAUCGUCUCCUCCCUGGUCGGGGUGGCUCGCAAGGGCCUGGUCGAUGAGGAGACCCACGCUCUGGACAAGGACUUCAAGGAGAUCCGCACCAAGCUUGAGACCAUCUCACACAAGAACCUGCAAUGCCUGAGGAAGAUCCGCAUCGAUGAGGUGAACGAAACCUACGGCAAGUACGAGGAGUACAUCAAGCACCAGUACACGGCCUUCAACGAGAUGGUGGCGCAAGUGAAGAAGGACCCGGACAAGACCCAGCAACACAUGGAGAAGUUUGAGAAGAUAUACGAGAGAGACAAGAGCGACUUGAGCCUGAACGUGUACUACAGCGGCGUGAUGGGUACAAAGACGCUGUUUGGAAGAUCCCUGCUGAAGGUGUACAUGGAGAACUGCGAUGGUGACCUCGAGAUCAUGGAGCACCGCUGCUCACACAUCGCCCACCUGUUCCACAUGGGCCUCAUCGCACUCAUGGCCUACACAGCUGUUACAGAGGACGAUGAAGACGAGGUGCGAGACAAGUGGGCGAAGAGGGUGGAGGACAUCCAGGGGAAGAUGCAGGAGGUGCUCAGUCAGUGCAAAGACAAGUCGACCUGAACAUGGACCAACAGAGAGAGAACUUUCUCUGGGUCUGACGGUGACAACACGGGGAUCAUCGUCUGUACUCUCAGCUGUGGACCAAUGAAAAAAGAUUAUAUUACAACGUAAAUAUAUAUAAAAACCAAAACUAUGUUUGCAUUUGUACAAUUGAGCUGCACUUGAUAUUGUUUUCUCAAAAUGUCAUCAUUUGUCCAGACUGUUAUUGUUUAUUAUUGUUUCAAAGAGACCACUGUUUGUUUCAGCUGCUUUGUGCUACAAACCAAUAAAUGCUGAUGUUUUA